AUGUCCAAAGUGGAGGAGCUAAAAAGAAAUGAACAGGGAACGACUUCUUCUAAGCGUCAGAGGACCGAUGUUCUGAAAAAAACUCCUCCGGAAAGCAAAGUGAUUUAUAAAUGCAGCUUUAUAAAGCCGAAAAACAAUAAGAAAUGUGGUCUUCAAGUCAGAAAAGGACAAAAGUAUUGCUUUGCUCAUAUCAAUUUGGUCGGCAGGAGUGAAAAUACUGAGUCAUCUAAAGUUUCAGACGUUGAAUCUGAUAUAACUCGAAUUAGCAAAAAGGGUGAAAUUGUCAAGAGAGUCAAAUGUACUGUUGAUCCGUCGCAUACUGUUUGGGAAGACCAUUUGAGUAAGCACGUGAAAAUAUGUAACAUGGUAAAGAAGAAGAAUGAAGUAGAGGAGAAAGAAAAAACAUGCCCAUGGUUUAGAAUAAACUACAAUGUCAGGGAUGCAAAAGGAGAAGAGGUCAACGUUACAAGCAAAGAUAUUGAUCAUGAUGAAUGGAAAAGAUGGAUACCCAAAUGGACGUUGCAACAUGAUUUGAUUUUUCUCGAGGAAUUACCAUUGAAAAAUAUCGAGUUCAAGGAUGGAUUAGAGGAAAGGUUUGCUGAACUAAGCAACCAAAAACACAUUCGUCAGCAGAGUAGUCUCAUUGGCCAACUAAUUGAACACGAAAUCGUAGUCAAAGAUGCGGACCCUGGUGUUGUGAUAGAGUUUGGAUGUGGCAGAGCCGAGUUCACAAGGUAUUUCAACAAAGCAAUGGGAAGAUACCUGGACCAUUCUUUGGACAAUUCAGCCAAAUAUUUGCUAGUUGAUAGAGACAAUCCAAGGUUGAAGUUCGAUAAAAAAAUUGUCCACGACAGUGCUGAAGCAGAAAUUAGUGGAGUCAAAUUAGAAAGGUUGAAAGUAGAUAUCAAAGAUCUAAAGCUCAUAGAGUCCCUGAAAAGCUUUCGAGAAAACAAUGAUGGUAACAGUGUUAUGAGGUAUAUCGGUAUAUCGAAACAUCUCUGUGGAGUUGCCACCGAUUUGACACUGAGGUGCUUAAUUAAUACUUCCAAAGACUAUGAAACAGAAAAAGAAAGACUCAAAUUUGGAGGUUGUUUGGUUGCAAUGUGUUGCAGACACUGUUGCAAGUACGAUUGGCUACUCUGCGAGUCAAAAAGCUACUUAAAGGAAAAUUUUGGAAUCGAUGAAACGAAUUUUGUUUACUUCAGGAAAAUGUUUGCGUGGGCAACAAGCGGAGUCAACCCACAAAUGUCGAAGACAGACACCGGUGAUCAUUUUACUGGAUUAUCAUUUGAAGAGAGAGAGAAGAUAGGUUUGAAAAUGAGAAGAAUACUCGAUGAAUCGAGAAAGUAUGCAAUGGAGCAGAAGGGUUUCGACGUGCAGAUUGUGAGGUAUGUGGAAAGGGAGGUCAGCUUGGAGAACAACUGUAUAAUCAUCAAAAACUGUAAAUAG